GGGUGGACAAACAUUGAGCUUUGUCAGCUGAGGUAGUUGCAGCGAGGUGAAUGAUGCUGAGCAGAUAUUUUCAGAGGAUGCUUGCACGGUUUGGUACCGCUUGGUGAUUGCCGUGCUCCAGAUGGACGAGAUAAAAGACACGCUGGCGUUUAAAGGUGUCGCUGAGAGACUGACGCUUGGCAUUACUCGAAUACUCGAGAACAUGCCCGGUGUGGUCGAUGUGCGGUUCGCAGAGAGGGAGCCUGCUGAGAAGAGGAGUCUGCUGUCAUGGGAACAGAAAAACACUUGCAUUUUGCCAGAAGACCUGCGAGAUUUCUUCCUGACAACCGAUGGGUUCACCCUGACCUGGAGCGUCAAACUAGACAAUGAGUGUGUUCCCCUGGGAUGCAUGACGGUCAACAGUGUGGCCAGGCUGUGCUCCCUGCUCCAACCAGCAUCCCUUUUCUCUCUUCCUAACGCACCCUCGCUGGCCGACCUGGACUGGGACGAGAGCGGCACUCAGAGUGGGUCGGAGCAGCCUCCUGCUGCACCCCAUUUCGAUUCCCGGAGCCGCAUCUUUGAACUGGAUUCCUGUGGUGGGAAUGGCAAAGUGUGCCUGGUCUACAAAAACUGCACUCCAGGUGUGGUAGCCCAGCGGAGUGAAAUUUGGUUCCUCGAUCGCUCUUUGUGCUGGCAUUUCCUGACAGCAACCUUCACCUCUUACUACCGACUGAUGAUAACCCACCUGGGUCUGCCCGAGUGGCAGUAUGCAUUUACCCCAUACGGCCCCAGCCCCCAGGCCAAGCAGUGGGCAUCCCUGUACCAGCCGCUGACCUUCAGCUGUGAGCUGGGCCAGGCUGAUCCUGCAGGGGAUUCUUAUCUCAACAAGCUGGACCCCACCAACGCCUUCAAAGGCAAAACCAAGGCACCGGCCCCCAAGAAGAAGCCGCAGGCACAGUGCAUCUUAAAAAGCACCGCCAAGAGCCAAGGCCGCAUGGGAAGACACGGUGGGGCAAAGCGGUGAGAAGGUUCCCAUACAUUGGGUGAGUGCAUGCGAACAUGGUCAGCAUGACUAAAAAGAGCAGGCAUCAAUUCCUUCUUAGACUGGACCUUUUGGACCGGCUGAGUGUCUGAACAUAACCAAGGGUUUCCCGGCUCAACAUAUGGUUGAUGUGAUGGCACCACUUGGAAGCAACGCAACGAGUAAAGCGGAUGUUCAUACCUGCCUUACAUUUAAAUAAACAUGGAAAGUACUGAUAA